AAGAAAAACACUAUCCUCUUUUAAUUUCCGGUCCUCUACAACCCAUAUACCACAGUUCCAACUUCGAUAAAACAAAAUGAUCAUUUUUAUUUUCAUAUCAAUCAAGAUCCCUAGUGAGAUAAGAGUCUCUUCAUCAUCAUAUCAUCUUCAUGGCACAUUCACUUACCACAACACCACCCACAACCAUAACAAGAACACCCAUCUCUUCCAAUCCCAAGAGGCCUGUUUUGCACAUUCCAUCUUUAGGGUUUCAAGGGAUUUGGGCUUGCCAUCAACGUUCUAAACAAGUUUUGGAUGAUCAUAAAUCCAUUUAUAGAAGGAAUGUGACAUUAGGCUUGGCUGGAGCAGUGUGGUUGAGUGUCGGUGGCAGGAAUGCAUCUGCUGCUGGGCGGAGGCCACCACCGCCUCCGAAGGAGGAGAAGAAAGACCCUAAUGUGAGUGGUGUUCAAGCAAAAGUACUAGCUAGCAAGAAGAGGAAGGAGGCCAUGAAACAAGCUGUUGCCAAACUAAGAGAGCAAGGAAAGGUUCUAAAUGAGCCUGUAAAAGAAAAUGGUAAUGAGCCUGUGAAGGAAAUUGUAAAUGAGCCUUCUGAAUAGUCUCUCUUUUAAACUUGGAAUUGAGUUGUCAUCUUAUAAACUUUUCAUUCAUUUCACACCAAAUUUUGUAAGUAUUUGAGAGUGAAUUUAAACUAAGCUCAAACUAAAUAAGCGUUAGCAAGUUUGAGUUCAAUUCAAA